GGUGGUCGAGUGUGGUCGUGAGGGGGAAAAAAACUAACUAGCCCCAUAAAACACCCAAGAAGAAGAACAAAAAGGUAAACAACCCACGGCCUAACCAGCCCCCUAAAACACCGAGGAAGAAGAAGUGGUCACAGAAAACUGGAGCCGCGGGUGCUGGCCCUCGCCGAGCAGGUGGCACCGCGGCACCGGCAGUGGCACAGUGGCCCGCGGGAGACAGUGGUCGGCGGUAGGCGGGUGCAUCAGUGCAGCGGUGCAGCCUCCAGCACGGCGCGCCGCCCCAACCCGGCGGCAGGGGACACGACCCAGCUGGCAGGGAGCGGAGGGUCAGCUGAGUUUUCCGAGGCUCAGCACCCACACCGGACCAUACUGAGCCCCGAGGAAGCUGUAGAGAAGCCAGCACUACCUCUUUAAAGCCCUGAAAACCCGGAAUUACCUACACUCUACCCUCAGCGAGCCACCCUCACACUCCACCAAUUCCUACAAAAGCCUUCACCACCUCCAAUGUGCCCUGAGUAAGCCACCAGUGUCUCUGCUUCACCAAGAACAACCCGUCACCUUCGCCGAGUCCUAAAGAACCCACCAGCUCCACAAAGUCCCGAACCACCAAGUCACCACCCUCAACAAGCCCCCAGAUUCCCAAUAGCUCCUUGAAUAAGCCAGAAGAGCCAACACGAGGCCGAGAAAAACCCAUUACCGUUUCCAGCAAGCUCUGAAAAACCCAGCAGCUCCACUAAACCUCGAACCACCAAGUCACCACCCUCAACAAGCUCUCUGUAAGCCCCCAGAUUCUCAAUAGCUCCUCGAAUAAGCCAGAAGAGCCGACACGAGGCCAAGAAAGACCCAUUACCAUUUCCAGCAAGCUCUGAAGAACCCCGCAGCACCUCUACUGAGCCUGAGUAAGCUAGCGUAACACUCUCCAGUAAGCCUCCAACGCCCUAAGUCAGUCCUUCAGGGGAGCCGCUGAAGAAGGUGAGAGAGCAAUAGAACAACAGCUACAAGAAGAAGAAGAGGAAGAUACAGUAGUAGUAGUAGGAAGAGGAGGAGGAGGAGGAGAAAAGAAGUGAAAGUAGAAGAAAACAAGAAGUAGAAAAGGAAAAACAAGGAUAAGAAUAACGAGAAACAGAAGAAAUAGUUGAUAUAAUAGGAAGAAGUGUAAUAACAGAAGUAGAUAAAGAAGCAAAAGUUUAUAAAAGAGGAAAAAAAUAGUUGUGGAAAAGAAAGAAAAGGGAAAGGUAAAGGAAAAAGAAAAAGAACAAGAAAUAGUUGUUGUAGGGAAAAUAAGUAGAAGUAAAAGAAGUAGAUAAAGAAAAAAAUAAAAGUAAUGUAAAAAGAAAAAGAAGAAAAAGAAAAAAAGCGAUGAGGAAGUAAAAGAAAAGGAAAAAGAAGAAAAAGAAAAAGGCGAAAAAGAAAAAGAAGGCGAAGAGGAAGUAAAAGAAAAGUAAAAAGAAGAAAAAGGCGAAAAAAAAGACGAAGAGGAAAUAAAAGAAAAGGAAAAAGAAGAAGAAAAAGAAGGCGAAGAGGAAGUAAAAGAAAAGGAAAUAGAAGAAGAAAAAGAAAAAGGCGAAAAAAAAAGACGAAGGGGAAAUAAAGGAAAAAUAAAAAGAAGAAAAAGAAGAGGGCAGAGGUGAAGAGGACGAAGAAGAAGCAGGUGCAGAAGGCCACGAAGAAGAAGAAGAAGCCGUCAAGUUUUCACGAAGUAAUUUCAUGAGCUCGAACCAACUUUCCUUCGCGUGUCCCCUUGGUCUCGGCGGCUGAUGACCUCCAACGAUGACCUGAAGAGACUGAUGACCCGGAUGAAGAUUACUCACUCCUCGCGCCUCCUCGUCCUGCUCCUCGGCGUGUGAUUGGUCAGCCUCGGGGAUGGAGACACGCGUGGAGGCCUGCCAUUGGUGGAGGACUCGUCGCCACACUCUGCUGCUAUUGGUCGGAUGCUGCGCCCUCGUGCACGCGGGACCCAAGGCUCUUCCGGGCGUGCCUGUGGGCCAGGCGGCGGGCGUGGCGGGCUCCAGGGCGCGCCUCCCGUGCCUGGCCAGCCACGACGGUCAGCCCCACAAGCCGUCCCUCGUGCUGUGGUACAAGGACCGCGCCAGGUUCCCCUUCUACACAUUGGACCUGCGAGACGAGGGGGAGCAGCAGGAGUUUGUCAGUCCGGGGGUGCGGGGCCGCGCGAGCUCCGGUGUGUCAGGGGCUUACCUCACGCUCGACCCCCUCCACCUACGGGACUCCGGUAGGUACAGGUGCCGCGUGGACUUCGAGGUAUCGCCCACGCUCUUCGCUGUCGUUGAUCUGAGGGUGUUUGUCGCCCCGUCCCACCUCACAGUGCUGGAUACGCAACAGCAGCGCAUAGUGACCGGCCAGCUGGGACCCCUGACGGAAGGCGAGGCGCUGUCCCUGGUCUGUGUCGCCGCGGGAGGGUGGCCGGCCCCGGAGGUUACGUGGUGGCGUGGGUCGACGCUGCUGCACAACAUCACGACGACGGUGCUGGGAUACGACGGACCGCCGCCCGCCGUGCCCGCCCCCACGCAGCUCCCAUCCGCGGCAGGGGCGGGCACUGGGGCACUGACAAGGCAGGUGAGGGCGGAGCUGAGCAUCCCGUCCAUCACGCGGGACUACGUGCAGAGUAACCUGACCUGCCGCGCCUCAAACACCAACCUGACGCAGCCGCUCGUCGUCUCCCUUGCGCUGCUGCUGCACUUGCGCCCCAAGACAGUCAACAUCCAGCUUCCGGAGUCCCCGUUGGUGGCCGGGCAGCGAGUGGGCCUCGAGUGUGUUGCCCUGGGCGCCCACCCCGCCGCCACCCUCACCUGGACCAAGACCUCCGCGCGGGGCACCUCCGCCACGCCGCUGCGGGCCCCCACCAAUCACGCCGCCGGCCGCUCCUCCUCCCUCCUGAUGCUGCGGCCGGAGCCAGAGGACAACGGGUCAACCCUCACCUGUGCCGCCCGUAACCCCAGGCUGGACGGCGCCGCGCUCACCACCACCAUCCGCCUCGACGUGGUCUACGCCCCGCGGGUCAGGAUACGCAUCGGGUCCAACCUGGCGGCGCUACCCAUCACGGAGGGCAGCGACAUCUACUUCGAGUGCGAGGUGACGAGCAACCCGCCGGCCAAGCAAGUCAUCUGGCACAGGAACGGUGAGCCGCUGAACAGUGACCGCCAGAAGGGGGUGCUGGUGUCCAACCGUAACCUGGUGCUGCAGACGGUGCCUCGCUCGGCCGCUGGGAACUACACGUGCUCGGCCGCCAACAGAUACGGCACCACCACCAGCAACCCCCUCCCGAUGACCGUCAUGUACACUCCGGUGUGCGUGGCGCGCCCCCGGACAGUGGCGGUGGGGGAGGGGGAGACGGCACGCCUGGCCUGCCACGUCGAGGCGGAGCCGGACGACCAGCUCUCCUUCACGUGGGUCUUCAACAACACCCUCGACACAGUCCACGUCUCGCACCACCGCCUCAGUCCACUCCGGGGCCAGAGCAUCCUGGACUACACUCCCAGGUCGACGCGGGACUACGGGACCCUCUCGUGCUGGGCCGCCAACGCGCUGGGGACGCAGGCGGACCCGUGCAGGUUCACCGUCAUUGAGGCAGGUCCGCCAGACAACGUGGGCAACUGUGACUUGCUGAACCUGACCGUGGCGUCCCUGGAGGUGGCGUGCACGGCGGGGCGGGACGGCGGGCGGCCCCAGUGGUUCGUGGCCCAGGUGUACGAGCCCACCACGCACCGCCUGCUGGCCACGCUGGAGGAGGCCACGCCGAGGUUCCGCGUGGACGACCUCACCCCCGGACAGGACUACCUCAUCACCGUCAUGGCCGUCAACGACAAGGGCGCCAGCAGACCCGUGGAAAUCAGCGCUGUCCGCCUCAAGAUGGAGGUUUCUUCGGUGUAUCUCUGUUUGAUGGGACGCACAGGAACAUCGGGCACCCCUCGAGUUCACCCACGCCUGACCCGCUGCUCCUUGUCACAGGUGGCGGAGAAGCGGAUGGUGGAGGUGCCGCAGCCGCCCGUGUCCCCGCUCGUUGGUGUGUUUCUCGGGCUCGUAGGUGGCUUCGUGGUGCUGCUGCUGGCGGGGGUGUUGCUCUCCCGAAGGUGUUGGGGGAAUCGAAGAGAAUCAGGCGUCAACAGCACAUCCGACCCCACCAAGCUAUCCUGCUCCCCCACCCCGGACGACCCCCACCACCAGCACCAGCCUCCCACGACCUCCACAACCACCACCACCGCCACCACAACGCACCCCCCCCAACAGGAACCCCCAACGCCCCCCUACGUCAUAUCCGCCACCACACCUUUCCUCCCCCGCACCCCAGGAGCCACAUCUCGCCUCAGCCACGCCACCACAUCCUUCUACACCCUCACCACCACCCCACAACACACCCUACCCACAUCCUACCACACCCACCACACCACCCCAACCACAACGACCACACCACAGUUUUACACCCAUAGCCACACCCCAGCCACGCCCACCACUGUACUCUUCUACGCCCACACCCCAACCACUACCACCCCCACCACCACCACCAGCACCCCCACCACACAUUACUACAGUCACACCCCUACCUACACCGCACCCAACACCACCACACUUCACCACACCCUCCCACCGAACUUACUCUAUCACACUCGUGCCCACAGCCUUACCUCCACCACCACCACCCCCACACACUACCACACGCACACCACCACCUCCCCCGCACCCUACCACACCUCCCCCUACCACACCCACACCACCACAUCCCUACAGACAGACACACAUCCACACUUAGCUGUAGACACUUUUUAACUGCUUGGAGAAAACGGUAUCUGAUAUUUUGGAAUCCUGAGAAGAGUAUAAAGAACCUCCCCUUCCUUCCCUUCCCUCCUCUCCCCUCCCUCCCUCUCCUCUCCUCUCCUCUCCCUCCCCCUGACCCUCUUCUAUCACAUCCUUUCCCUGUGCUUGAGUAAAUAAGAUCAAAAUAGA